AUGUACACUGAAGUAGACGUCAACUACACGACUACUACACCCUACACCACACCGUACACUACAACCUCGACUCCACAGACAGUCACAUGUUGUCUCACUACAUUAACAACAGCAACAACAACAACCACUCCCUCACAGAGCCAGAUGAUGUGUCCUGAAGGAUGGUCGGUGUUCCAGGGCCGUUGCUAUUACUUUAUGAGCGGGAGCUACACCUGGCCGCAAGCUCAGUCAGCCUGUGCCAUGCAAGAUUCCAUGCUGGUGUCUGUCCACAGUGCUCAGGAAUACGGUUUCCUUCAGCAGCUCACCACCAGUAAUGGAUAUGAGUAUGCAUGGCUGGGUGGUUUCUACCUACAGGGUGAUUGGUUAUGGCUUGAUGGUUCCUGGUUCUACAACUUUACCUGGACCGUCCAGACAGACCCAUACAGCAGCUACCCCUGCCUCAUGCUCUCCUCGACCCAGGAAUGGAGCAAUUCCCAAUGUGACAUUAGUUCUUAUCCUGCCAUCUGUGAGAAGAGCUCUAAUGUCCAAGCACUUCUACAGCAAAAGUACACAGUGGAAACACUUCAGUUCAGAGAGAUCUGA